AUGUCAACAAAAGACAAGAGUAACAAAGCUCGUGAUGAAUCCAUGAAUCAACCUUCACCAACGCCUCCAUUUUUAUCAAAUUACAAAUGGUGGUUGGUGUCUUUUGUUUUUAUUUUAAUUAUUUCGUUUAUUGUUCAACGUCCAAAAAUUGAUCAAAAGAGUUCAAUACAAAAAGAACGUUUAUUUACACCAGAUGAACUUCAAUCAUAUACUAAAGAUGAAUUGUAUUUAGCUAUUUUAGGUCGUGAUGCUUCUCGAGGUUUUCAUACUGGUGGUACAUCAGCAGAAGAUCUUACUGAUGAUUUAACUGGAUUAACUGACGAAGAUAUUGCUGGAAUAUAUGAUUGGUUAACAUUCUAUCAAAAACAAUAUCCACAAAUUGGUAUUUUUAGAUUUUAUAAUUCGUUUAAUAAAAAUGAAGAAAAAGAGCUCUUUGAACAACAAUGGCCACCAUGUAAUAGUGAAUGGUCACACGAUGCUGGUAGGCGAGUAUGGUGUACAGAAAAAAGUGGUGGUAUAGAACGAACAUGGGCUGGUGUACCUCGACGAUAUUUUGAUAGUGCAACAAAAACUGAACGAUGUGUUUGCGUACAAAAUACGGAUGAACAAAACGGUCGAUUCAGACAAUAUAAAGAUUGUUUGCCGACAAGUAUUGAAUGUAAAAUAUUAGAUUAG